AUGCACCCCGUCCUGCCGCCGCUUCGAAACCCUCUCCACGCUCCCCUACCAAAUCUUAAUCGAGAAACUGUUUGCGAAGUCAGCAACGAUGGGCUGAGACGCAGGAAUAGAGAGGCGCUGGGUGAGCUGCCUGAGCUAUUGGCUGAGGUACCCGACGCGACAGCGACGAGUUAUCGGGAUCUGGACGAGGCGCAUGAAGCGGCGAAGGCGAUCGUUAAAGAUUACCGGUAUCAACUCCAAGUUAUAGUUGGGGAUGAUGGGCACGCCGAGCCCGAGACGGAAACUCGGGAAAUCGUGGCCAACGAUGCCUCUGAGCUUAUUGUCGCGCGGGAUGGCGGGUAUCUGUAUGAGGUCGUGUAUAUUGGGGUGGAAGGUUCGCGGGAGAGUGGGGUGCAGACGGGGUUUUUGGAUGUGGGUGCGUGGAAGAGCUUUGUUAGUGGCACUGGGGGGAGGAGAUCGAGGGUGGUUUAUAUCAAAUAG